AGCGACGCUGGGUUAGGUUAGGGCGCAGUGCGAGUUGCGCGCGCGUCCCGGCACCAUGCUGGUGUUAGCGCUCCUCCUGGCGGCGUGUGCGCACGCCCACGCAAGGAACUUCAACAUCACCUACCUCGACGUGCCCCCCAUUGUAAGCCCCGGGACAAUGGAAGUCGUACUCGAAUGCCGAUACGAUGGCAACUUCACCAUCCUCAGCUGGUUCAAAGGUGCCCACGAGUUCUUCAGAUAUCGUCCCGGAGCAGCCCCCAGCACUCGCUCCUUCCCCAUCCUCGGCGUGGGGACAGUGGAGAUGUUGAUGUGUGGUCCUGUUGCCUGCCAGCUGAAGCUAGGAGCGCUGACUGAGGACGCUACCGGUGUCUACAGGUGUGACAUAGAACGAGACGUGCCUCCGUACAAGUUCGCGACCAGAACUGCAUACAUGGAUGUUACCGGCCAUGAGCACCGGAAGCCACUGAUCGAAGGUUUAGCCAAAGAAUAUAAAGAAGGAGAAAUGAUACAAGCGUACUGCAAAGGAGGUCCCGAUUCUGAACUCCGUUGGUACGUGAAUGGUUAUGAAAUGGACAAGUUGAGGGGUUCGCCGCAUUUUAAGCUGGAAAGCGGUCGUCAUCUGUUUAUUGGUAUUCCUCCGAGGGUGACAAUCCAGUGUGCAGAGUUUCGGUAUGGGACGAUCUACAGCUCGAGGGAAACGAAUGCUCUCUGGAACGAAGUUGAACAGAUGCGCAGGGAGCCUCCGAAAGUCGAAAGUGCUUCUAACGUAAUCACAGGCCGCUUGGGUUUGCUCAGCAUAUUUUUAUGUUUGUUAGAUAUUAUUAUGCAUAUUUAUCUGUAACGUUGACGACUAUGUUCCUCUUUAUUUAUAAGUUUAUUCCAGUGCAAAUAUUGAUUGAUUACCUAUUAUUUUCCAUGUGCAUGGGUUUUAUAAUAAAUAGAUAAAAUAUUGUUA